GAUUUUUAUAUAUAUGUAUAUGUGUGUGUGUGUAUUGGCUAAGUUUGUAUGUGUAUCAAAUAAAUGUAAUGUCAAGAGAUUCCAUGUUAAUUUCCCAUUGUAACUUUAGCAACUUAUCAUAGUUGUGACACUGGACAACAUGUCACAACAAAAUACAAAGUACGCUGAUGUUAUACAGAUCCCACAUUGUUUAAUGUUCAAAAAAGAAAGUUUUAGGGCAAAUUGCUUGUAACUUAAUUGUAACAUUCACAUUCGUUGCCAUGAAAAAAAAAUCUCUCUUGAGCGCUUGAGAGUGCCUCUUGAUGAGGUGCAGAGGUGGACGAUGAACUCAACCUGGAUGUCUAUUGUCUCAUGUAGUCUUUUACUGAAUUCACUAAAUGCCAGAGUGGGUGUAAUUUACCUCUGCAGUGGAGUCGGGGGGGGGUCGCCCCAUGCUCUGUGGUGGUGCUACUGCUGUGGGCCCGUGUCUGAGUCGCCUGGGCCCCCUGCUUUUGAUGGCUUCUGGGGAAUGAGGGUUUAUUUGGCAGAGUGGAGAGGCCAGAAGGUAGCUCUGUCAAGGCUAUCAUCUCUCAAUUACUUGGAGGAUUUUCUCCAUGGAUUGUCAAUGUUACAGGCCCUGCAGAGCCCCCAGGUGGUUCAAUUGGUGGGGUUUUGCCUUGAAGAGCACAUCAUUUUGACAGAACACCACCCGUUUGGCUCAUUGCUUAAUCUGGAUGAUGUUCUUGAAAAAGAGCAUUACCAGCAACACAACAAUUGGGAGAUGCGGCUGAGGCUAGCUAUAGAUUACGUCACCAUCCUCCAUUACCUUCAUAACAGCCCAGUUGGGCGACGAGUUAUGUGCGAUUCAAACAGCCUUGAGAAAACUCUGUCCCAAUUUCUACUGACAAAUGACUUUCAUCUAGUAGUGAAUGACCUUGAUGCACUUCCUGAAGUGGAUAUGUCCAGAAACUUGUCAGUGAAAUGUGGCCAUCGGGAGCUCACUGGAGAUUUUGUUGCCCCAGAGCAGCUAUGGCCAUUCAGAAACAAUGGAAAGCCAUUUUCAGACAAUCUCAUGCCAGAGUAUGAUGAGAAGACCGAUAUUUGGAAGAUCCCAGAUGUGACGUGGUUCCUUAUGGGAAAGGUGCCUGGUGGGGAUUUAGUCCAUUUCCAUCUUUUUCAGAUCCAUGAGAAGUGCAAGAAGAAGGAUCCCACCGACCGCCCUUCAGCUUUUGAUGUUUUGAAGGUUUACAAAUCAGUCUACAGCAGCAUGGUACGAGACAGUGCUGGGUUUAGAGAUAUGCUGUAGAGCAGCAGUCCCAAACCCCUGCCACAUUGAUCAACAUCCAAUGAUCAAAGACCCGGACCAAUGACUUUACCUUUUUCACAUAAAUAGCCUCCUUGACUCCACACUCAAACCAGUGUGUCUCACUAUCCAGGAUGUGUAAGUGCUAUGUCCAGAUGAACAGAUAAGAUGUGGUCCCAAAUGGAGCUAUUUUAUUUCAUUUUAGUUAUUUACAUAUACUAAUGGCAAGGAUCCAAUUUGAUUAUAAAUAGAUUUAUUAGAGGUUGAAUUAGUCUGCUACAGUGGAUCAUAAUGGCUUGUCAGUGGCUUUAUCAGUGAACAAGACAUUGUUUUAAUUUUUUUUAUGCUUCUUACCCUGAAAACAAUCUAAUAAGUAGCCUUUUUUUUUUUUACAGAGAAAAGAGCAGUUAAUUAUACAGAACAACCAACAAUCUGCAGCCUACCUGGGUCUCACUUGCUGUUCGUUUAAAUUAGCAGUUUAGAAUGUUUAGAAUAAAUGGUAGAUCACAAAAAGUUAGGAUAAACCUGCUCUUUACAUUUCCCAUUGUUUAGAUAUUUUUCCCCUUUGGUUGAUAUUUUUAAAUCCCAUAUGGACCAAGGUUUGUUACCUGGUUCUAAAAACGAAUAGAAAAUAGAAAAUGCAAUGUUUGUUUUCUCGUGAUUUGAACUGUUCUGUUUUCUUAUUCCACCUUAUGGCUGGAAUAGUAUAAUGUUCAGACAUUAUUUAUUUAUUUGUAACCGCAUCAAAGACAUAUACGUUAAAUAUUGAAAUUCAACCUCAUGGUUACUUCUCCGUUUAGGUGACAUAGUACACUUUUGAUUGAUCAGGUCUGUGAAUAUGUAACCAUUUAUGACUAUUACUAUAAGAAAUGGACAUUAAUCAAAUUUAAAAAGCCACUUUUUGUUUUUUGAGUCUUAUUUGUUUUGGGAUAUGGAUGCUGGGCUUUGGGGUAGACAUUUUCUUUAUAUGUAGGGAGUAAUACUGACUAGUUGGCUUCGAUAGAGGUGUGCUUGCCGUUGACAAAGACCCAUCUGACUCAGCAUCAUCAGGAUAUCUCUGUGAAAUGCCUUUGUCAAGAUAGCAUAAAAAAAUGGGUUGGUGCAAGAGUUGAGAGGAUAGAAAAGAACCAGCAGCACCUGUUGAGAAAAAGACAUAACCCUUAUUAUAAAUGAGGGAGGGAGGGGGGGGGGGUGCAUUAAAUAUUACAAGUAUGUAAAGUUAUACCUUGGAAUCUGUGACAGUUAUCAUCGGGUGGUGGAAAGCUGCAGACAGGCCGUAGAAACAAAUGGGAGCCAGACAUAAAAAGUUGGUGAAAAUAAUAACAGCCAUACGUUUGGCCAUGCUCGCGUCGUAUCUGCUGGAGUUAUGAUUGGGAUUGUGUACCAUAAAAUAGAUGUGGAUGUAACAUAAGCAUACUACCAUAAAAGCAGUGACAUUAACAAUCAAGACAGAAAUAAUGUAUGUCCGUGCAGCAGUUGUCCCAGUGUCUAUAGGUAAGCAGAUGCUUACUUUCUGGUAACUGCUCACACCAACUACUGGCAGCAGUGCAAGAAACGCACACAACAACCAGCCAACAAGCAUUAGCACAGAUGCAUGACGCAACCUCAUUUUUCUGUCUGGCCUGAUAGCUGAGAAGAUGCCAUUCCAGCGCUGAAGACUGAUUAGAGUUAAUGUGAACACAGACAACUCACUGGCAAACACAGAUAAUAUUCCUACUAUAUUGCAGCCACUUCCUGUUUGCCAGGUAAUCGCAUAGUGAUGAUAAUUGGAGCGUGUGUAGAAAUCCACAAAUGCAAUGACCAGCAAGUAGAACCCCAUACAGCAAUCUGCAAAUGCCAGGUGACCUAUAAGAAAACGGGUAACAGACAUUUUCUGUCGACUGGUCAACAGGAUGAAGAGCACCAAUAGGUUUGCUGAAAUGGCAAAUAAACUGACGACCCAGACCAAUAUCCUGAGGAUGUCUUUACUCAUCACAUCUUCGCAGGGGUUCAAAGCAUCAGGCAGGGGGGUGCAUGAGGGUCCAUCAUCUGCGUCAAGUUCAUUACACAGCGAAAAGUCAAAAACUUCACUGAGAUGCUCUGAAUAUGUUACAUAGAACAAAGUAUCAUCCUGAGACUUCUUGGUUGGGCAAAUCAGUCUGUUGGGAUUGCUAUUUGCACUGCCAUGAGUUGGAAUACCAAACUUUUUAGAUUUCAGAUGUUGUGAGAUGUUGUACUCCAGAUACCUCUGAGGGAGCAUUGCAGAAGACAGCUGCAGCUUUCCUGAAGUAGCCCAUGUCAGGUUGCAGAUAACUGCCUCAGAGUGUCUUGCACAGAAAUGAAAAGAGUUAUUUUUCAGGGAAUGAAUUACAAGCAUAUUUUCAAAUACAAAUUUUGUGACGAAAGUGGGUUGUUGUUUAACCACAUUUAAAUUGUAAAUAAAAACAAUGCAAUAAUCUUCAAAUCAUUUAAAGCCUAUUUUUAAUUAAAAAUGCAAAGGCAAGUGACCAUAUGUGCUUUUUUUUGUUACUAUUAAAACAGUUAGGACAUAGUCUAUGUUUACCACUGAGUUUCAUUAUCUCUUAUUUUAAGAACACAUUACAUUAACUAUUCCUGUGAUUUUUGUCAUAUUUUUCUAUUUCAUAAAAUAGCUUUUGAAUUGUUAAGAGGUUUGGAACACAGGCAGGUCAAGUUAGCACCUACAUGCUUUACUCUGGACUGUUGUUAUACAUUCAGAAUUUGGUUUGGCUAUCAUUCAAAUAAACAUGUGUUUCUCCAAAGCCACACUCAACAUUAAUGGAGAUGUACAAGAUAUGUACAUUAAUGAACCCCAUAGAUGUUGACUUUUAAACUGUGCCCUAAUAACAUGUCCCUCUCCUCUUAAGCCAGAGGAUGUGAUGUCCGUGAUUUCUUUUGAGUUUCUGAUGUGGAAGUCAUGCAAUGAAUUUGAAAUAAAGCCUGAUUUUUGUCAUUA